AACAACGUGAAUUUGUUUUGUUUUUAGUUUCAAUUUAAAUUUAAACAAAAACAAUUUUAAAUUUAAAUUUACUUCUUAAAUAAUAAUGUGAAUAAACAACUCAAACUAAUUGCAUGCUAAAAAAUGAGUGACUUAAUCAAUGUUUUCACGAAACUAAGUGAAUUCUAUCAUCCCACAUUGUCGUGGGAAGAAAUCGAAGCAAUCUAUCUGAAAAUCGAAGAAGAAAAAGCUAAUUCCAAUGAACAAGAAGCAAAAAAAGCUGCUCCCAAGCCCACACCAGCCUCAGGAUCAUCUCGACAUAAAAAACAACAACGAUGCUCCUCGCCAGAGUCGGGCAUUGAAGAUGACGAUACAAUCACGAAGAAAUCCCCACUUAGCCGCAUUCCAAUUGUUGCACAAGCCGAGAACGAUUCGAGCAUCCUCUCAGUGUUGCUUGAGCUAGCAACAACUAUCCGAUCGAUGCGUGAAUCGUCGGGCAGCUAUGACAACACCUUCGAUUGCUGGGAUCAAGUCAUAAAAGUCUCUCCCAGAUCUCGUUAUCUGGCUUUUAUCUACGCCCUAGUUGGUCUCGGUAAUCAGGACCCUCGAAAUCGUCGCUACAGACAACUGUCUUUGGCCGCUUCCAGUGUCUAUCUGCUCUCACUUACCAUAGCCGGAGCCAAGGGUUUCCAUAUCUUCGAGGAGGAGCUGAUAUCUGUGUCCCUGCAGGUCUUCAAUAUGGUGGAAAAAAUCCAAAGCCCCGCUGUGUCCAGAUAUGUUUCGCAUCAACAUUCCAUCGAAACGUGGGUCAACUUCACAGCUUUCUGUGAUGACUUGAAGCUGAUGUUUCGCUUUGUCCACUUUGAUGAGUACAAAACUGCCCGAAAUGCUAUUGUCCGGAAGCUCAUCGAUAUGCAGUAUCUGUGCUACGAAAAAGGAUUCGUAAAUAUGUAUGCCGCUAACUUACAUGGGAAAUACUUUGAAAUAUUGGAUGAAGUUGUUAGCGCUCACAAUGGUGAUCCCAAGGAGACACUGUUGAAAAUAAUGAACAUGACUUUAUUCCUGCAUGCCUAUAAUUCAAAACCCAAAGGUGGGUCCGCUUCCACAUCAUCGAACGUCCAGACUGAUGGAUGUGAGCACAUUUCGGAUUGGUUCAUAAAAAUCAUCGGAAAAUUCCCCCGAAUUGUUUCGGAAGUUCUGGAAUUCUACAUUCAAUGUGUGAUAACAAAUCCAGAAAAAGGUUGGAAAACAGAACACAUCCAACGAGCUCUUGACUAUGCCGCCAAAUACGACGCAGCUCUUUUUACCCGUUGCAAUGCAUCGAUUGUUGAUUUUCUAUCCGAAGCUGUCUACGCCGAAGAAGUAAGCAUCCGUUCGAGAGCUGUUGAUCUGUUCUCGAAAAUCAUUCUCCUCGAAUCGAACGUUGAUUGGGAGCUCUUCCGGCACAAAGUCUCAGAGACACCACGUGAAGUUUAUAUCAUAAAAGAACUCGUCGAUAGCAUACGUGAUACGAAUAAUAGUAUUAAAAUUAAAGCCAUACAAGCUCUGCAACAGGCUCUAAUCAAAGGUUCACCAAACACCAAAAAGAUUCUCAACGAAGGAAUAAAAUACGCUCAGGUGAAUGAUUUCGAUGUGCAGCUGCCUGAGGAGCCAAAAGUUCUAGAGAAUGAAAUUCGUUAUGCCAAACCAAAGGCUCCUGAUCCGGCUUACACCUUCACCGGGUCGGAAAUUUUAAUUGUGAGUUUCUUGCAUUUGCACGAACAAAUUUAUCCGUUGUUCUCGAAUCCGGUGUCGCAUUUGCGGAGGGCUGCUGUCAUGUUUCUCGAGACAAUUGUCAAGAUUAAUCCUUUGAUUAUUUUCAAUACAAAUUUUGUAAAGGAAACAUGUCAAUUGGUAAAUGAACCAACUUUAUUGGUUCGCAAACAAACAAUGAUCAUGGUCGAUUCUAUAUUGGAAACCUAUCCCAAUUGUUAUCCGGUCAUAUUUGUGUGGUGUAAAAUUCUCACACCAAUGUUGCAGGAUGGGGAUCCAAAAAAUAUUGAACUUGCUAUGGAGUGUUUUCGUAAAAGAGUUCUGUUGAAUAUCAAAGGAAUCGAUCAAACAAAUAAGGCUGAACACUUUAUGCCAUGGGUGAUUAUUAGAACAUUGCUGAUAACACAAUCAAGAAUGUAUUUGCAAUAUAGUUUUCAUAUGGCACUGAAAAUGCAAAUGAUUAACCAGCAAAUUAUCAGCACCAUUGAAUCUCACAUAUUGGCUUCAAACUCCACUGAAGCAUGGAUACUCUUAAAUUUCAUUUGCGGCAAAAUCAAAAGUAAAGAACCAGAUUCCCUGAUUCAUUGCUUCAUCUCAUAUCAUUCGUCAAAAGAAUGGAACAACGAGCAGAACCUUCUCAUAGCUCUGGAAGUGCUUAACACAUGUGCCAAAGACUUCAGCUACCCAGCAUUAAAUAAUGUAUUCAAGCAUUUAAUACAAUCAAUUAAAUCAGGCAUGAUAAUUCCACAAGUAAUUGGCAAAGCCUUCGAUUUCCUGUCCACAAUCAAUCAUCGUUCACGAGCGAAUCAAAUUCGAUCAACACCUCCACAACAAAUACACGAUGAUCCCUCCCACGAAUGGAUAAUUGAGCUGCAUAAAUAUUUGGAGCAAAAACUUCUGGAUGAAAUGUCGAAUUUCCCAGAAAAUCGCUCAAUAUACAUGUCACAUCUGUUUUCUUAUUCCGAAGCUAAUUUAGAGAUCAAACAACGUCCACAUCCCACAAUAGUCUCAUUUAUCCAAAAAUACAUUUUAGCCUGUGUAAAUCUACCCGAAGCCGAGCUAGAGACCGAUAAUGAUCGUAUUUUCAAUUCGAUGAUAUUGAUUUCGGGUCGAUUUUCAAUUCGUGACUCAAUUGUUGCGAAUACAACUUGCAAGUUGUAUGGGAAAAUUCUCAAGGCCAUCGAUCGUCCACCGAUAGUAAAUACAAUUUUAGUUGCUGUUGCUGAUCUCUGUAAGAAACAUACCCAAAUUGUUGAGACAAUUUUGGACAGAAUUUUAGAAAAGCUCUCAUCAAAGUAUUUGAUAAACCGUUUGGAGACUUUCAAGAGUUUUGCCGCACUGGUGUUGCAGGAUCAACUUAAGUUGCGUGGAUCGUUGCUUUUGGCUAUGUUGGGAUUGAUCUUGGAUGACAAUCAAGAUCUAUCGGAUCGAGCAGUGGCAUUUUUUACAGAAUUUAUUUCCAGUAAAAAUCCAGGACUUUUUCAUAAGUGUUUGAUUGAGUGUCCAUUUGUAUUGAAUGAAUAUCCGAACUUUGAAGGAUUGGACACCUUUUCUGAAAAUAUGAUCAAAUCACCUCUAAAGGGAGAAGACAAGCGAAAAGUUCGGCACAAGUUGUACGAUCAUUUUAUGCAGAGCAUUGACGACGUUCAUUUGAUAAUGUAUUUUAGCAACUUGAAAUUAAUUGCAGAAAAAUCUCAAAAUGACCCCCUUAUUAAAUCUGACGAAGGAACUGCCUUGGUAAACGAUAUUAUUUAUAUUCUUAAACGAAUUUGUCAAAAAGAAAGAAAAGAAGUUGAACAUCAACAGACAGAGGAUGGAAAUGAUGAAUUGGCUGAUGCUUCAGAAAAUCCUUCAGCUGAAACAGUUCAAUCUGCAAGUAAUUCUGUUCAAGUUCCAGGCAAAAGAGGAAAACGUCGGCAUGUUGUCACAAUGGCAGAUGCGCUAACAACUUUAGAGAAAUCAAUUGUUCAUGUUAUAACCAUCUCGGAAGCACUUGGCAGUCAAAAUGAUUCAAUUCGAAAAUCCAUAGACGAACUAGCCAAGGAAUUAGCACAUCAAUUUCCAAAUAUUAUUGAUUUUGCUCAACCCGCCGAAUUUUGGAAUAAAUACCGAAAAAGUAUUAAAACAACAACAUCAACACCGAAAAAAAGAAAACUCUCCGCUGAAGAAGACGAUCUAGAUGGAAUUGAUUUUGAUGAUGAUCCGUUUGACCAAGAUGGAAUUGAUAAUAAUUUAUCAUCAACUCCAAUUAAUUCCAGUAGUAAACAAAAAUGUUCAGACACACUUGAAUAUAUGCUUCUUGCUUAAGAUUAAAAAAACAA